UCUUUGACAGAUAGCUGGAUGGACUCCGUAGGAGGCAUGGCUUCGAGUUCCCCUCUCCCCGCCCCCUGUCACUCAACUUCACCACCUUUUCAGCCCCGCCUCCAAGCCCUGAUAUGGACAGUGGCGGUCAUCCAAUCAGAAGGACUCUACACAGGCUGAAGUUGAUGAGCUCCCCCAGUCUCAGUGACCUGGGAAAGAGUGAGAAGGGAUCCCCGGAGGACCGUGGAGAGAAACAGAAGAGGGCCGGGGCCAACGCCACUUGGAACAGCAUCCACAAUGCUGUCAUUGCCGUCUUCCAGAAGAAAGGUCUGGCUGACAAUGAACUCUAUGUUCUCAACGAAGGUGUCAGGCACCUGUUAAAAACAGACUUGGGGUCUUUCUUCACAGAGUACCUCCAGAACCAGUUGCUGACAAAGGGCAUGGUCAUUCUACGGGACAAAAUAAGAUUCUAUGAAGGUCAGAAGUUACUGGACUCUCUGGCAGAGACGUGGGACUUUUUCUUCUGCGAUGUUCUCAACAUGCUACAGGCCAUCUUCCACCCAGUACAGGGUAAGGAGCCCAGUGUGAGACAGCUGGCUCUGCUCCACUUCAGGAACACCAUAGUUCUAAGUGUGAAGCUGGAGGACGCUCUGUGUCGCCCCCGCGCCCGCACCCCCCCAUCCGUCACACAGAUGCUACUUAUACUUCAGGGUGUCCAUGAGUCGCGGGGUGUCAGUGAGGAGUACCUGCGUCUGGAGUCCCUGGUUCAGAAGGUGGUCUCUCCUUACCUGGGUACUCAUGGCCUCUACUGUGGAGACAGCAGUGCGACACACUGCUCCUGUGUGCUGGAGAAGCGUUUGCAGUGGUGCUGGCCAAAGCAGCCUGUGGACCAAGCGUCUAAGAACCCUGUGGUCCGUUCUAAGAGCUACAACAUCCCUCUUCUCCUUACGCCUGUGGCGGAGUAUGACCCUGACAUCAGCUCUGUGGGAAGCGGGGGAAUCCGACGCCACUCUGCCUGUGAGAUCAUCUCCUGCCUGGAAGAACAGGGCGUGGCUUAUGCUGACAUGGCCUCUGGGACUGAUCCUUCCACGUCCAUUGCCUCUGUGAACAGGCUCUGUGUGGUUCCACAGUUCACAGGUACCAUGGAGUCUUCUCUCAACUCCUCUUCCCUCCUCCCCUUCCACUCCCCAGGAAACCUCCACGGGACGGAGGCAACGAUGACCCUCACGGACAUGGCCAUGUGUGCCCCCGCCCCCCCCCCCCAGCGGAUCCUCCAGCCCAGAGACCAUUAUUGGCCAGGUUCUGGAAUCCCUGGAUUCAGAUUCAGACGGGAUAUUCAUAGAAUUCCCACCACGCUGCUCUGAGUCUCUGGGAUAUGGUCGGGACAGCAGGCAGAGCACUGUGUAGAGGGAAUUAUGCCUAGGAUCAGCAUGUCCUCCCCACAUACCUUAUCUUAGACAUUUGAGGGAAAACACUGAACUGUCCUUACAUCAGUGUCUGGGCAAGAGAAAACUCAUCCUAUUGAGGAUUGCGUGGCUAUGUGCACUCCAUACUUCUACCCACAAGAGGCCUCUUUGUAGUAAGCAUUUACUUUGAGAAAAAGAGAAACAAACUUUUUUAAGCAUUUGAUAAAUUCUGAAUAUGUCAGUUUUUCUGGGAUGUGUUUCCUUUUGUGUGUUUUGAAACUUGACUCUAACUACUUUAAUGCCAUAACUUGUGGGCUUUUGGAUGUGGACCAUAUAAAGCUUUGUAAGCUGCAUUUACCAGAGUAAAAGUAGCGUUUGGAGUAUGACAGUACAGUAUGUGAAUGUAAUUUGGUCACAACUUUCUCCCACCCAUCCCAGUGUGUGUUAACCUGGCUUCAGUAGGCUAUUUUCCGUCUCCCAACUGUGUGCUUUCUUACUGUUCUGCCAAACUCGACAUGUAUGACCAUUAAAACAAUAGUUAGAAAAGUUAGCUUAAGUACCAGGGACCAGUGUAUCAACCUCUUUUCAAGCUUCGUAAAGCAGUAAUAUAAUGUAUUACCCAUACAAA